AUUCGUCAUUCUAACAUUGAUUGGAGUGGACUGGAGUCAGAGACCGACUGGAAAUACAUUUUGCCCUCACACCAUCGUAACGGAUGGUGGGAAUUGUGCAUCUUUUCAGUAUCACACUGAGAAGUGCUCCACUAUGCCCGACUCACCUGCGGAUGUGAAAGCACAAUCCAGGUUAACUCCAACCACCAUGCCUCCUCCUCCUCCAACCACCCAGGGAGCCCCUCGAACCAGCUCCUUCACACCUACUACAUUAACCAACGGCAACAACAGCCACUCCCCCAAGGCGCUGAACGGAGCGCCUUCGCCACCAAAUGGCUUCAGCAACGGCCCUAGCUCCUCCUGCUCUUCCUCGCUGGCCAAUAAGCAACUCCCUCCAGCGUGUGGCGCCCGGCAGCUCAGCAAGCUGAAACGCUUCCUCACCACACUACAGCAGUUCGGCAACGACAUCUCGCCUGAGAUCGGAGAACGCGUCCGCACUCUGGUGCUGGGGCUGGUGAAUUCAACGUUAACCAUAGAGGAAUUCCACUCCAAGUUGCAAGAAGCGACUAACUUCCCUCUCCGACCUUUUGUCAUCCCGUUCCUGAAGGCCAACCUGCCACUCCUACAGCGGGAGCUGCUGCACUGUGCCCGUCUGGCCAAGCAGAACCCAGCUCAGUACCUGGCACAACACGAACAGCUCCUCCUGGACACCUCCUCCACCACCUCCCCCGUCGACUCCUCAGAACUACUCCUAGACCUCAACGACAACGGCAAGAGGAGCACACCUGACAGAACCAAAGUGAAUGGCUUCGACAGGGAUGGCCCCCUGCACCUGGAGACCUCCAGUAAGAGACUCUGUACGAUCAGCCCGGCAGGCCAACGGUUCAGCCCCUCCAACGGUCUCUCCUAUCAACCUAACGGCCUGGCCCAUGGACACCCCACGCCGCCCCCUCCCCCACCCCCACAGCACUACCGGCUGGACGACAUGGCCAUCACACACCAUUACAGAGACUCACCACACUACCGCCAUCCCAACCACAACCACCGCGAGCUCAGGGAGAGACCACGGCCACUGGGAAUGCACGGGGCUCGUCAGGAAGAGGUGAUCGACCACCGGUUGACAGACAGAGAAUGGGAGGAAUGGAAGCACCUUGACCAUCUGCUGAACUGCAUCAUGGACAUGGUGGAGAAGACGAGGCGUUCUCUCACCGUGCUGCGGCGCUGCCAAGAGGCCGAUAGGGAGGAGCUUAACUACUGGAUACAAUACCUGCGGACCCUGAAGAAAGGAGCCAGCAGGACCCAGAGCAGACAGCACAGUCCUACAGGACAGGAUGACCUCACUACAGAGAUUCACCAGGAGAUUCUCAACAGACCAAUGACGACCGGAUACGUACCUGAAGAGAUCUGGAAGAAAGCCGAAGAGGCUGUGAACGAGGUGAAGCGCCAGGCCAUGUCAGAGCUCCAGAAGGCGGUUUCAGAGGCGGAGAGGAAGGCCCAUCAGAUGAUCAGCUCAGAACGGUCCAAGAUGGAGCGUACGGUGGCAGAGGCCAAGAGACAGGCAGCGGAGGACGCACUGACUGUCAUCAACCAGCAGGAGGACUCCAGCGAGAGUUGUUGGAACUGCGGGAGGAAGGCGAGCGAGACCUGCAGCGGCUGUAACACGGCGCGUUACUGCGGCUCCUUCUGCCAGCACAAGGACUGGGAGAAACACCACCACGUGUGUGGCCAGACCCUCCAGGCCUCCAAGGCAGCCCAGCAGCAGGGUACAGAGACCUCCGCUCCCAUCAGCUCCUCCACUACGCCCUCUAGUGGAGGAGGCAGCCCAGCCGGAACCCCGCCCAUCGCCACACCCCGCUCCGGUACCCCAGGAACCCCCUGUACGCUGGAAACCACGCCGCACUAAACCGGGGGGCCAUCCGGGGAGCCGUCGGAGACUCCCAGUAGCACAACAUGACUGGCUCACUUCAUGCUAAAUGCUAAGGCGCUAACGCUACGACAAGAGAUGUAGACCUAUCUUGGAGUAGUAGAGGCUCCACACGAGACAGGAGGUUUAUACAUGGAGAUCAGUCACAUUGACUUGCCAUGAUUAACAAAGAACACACACAUGUUAUUUGUUUUAAUUAUUAUUGUUGUUGUUGUUGUUGUUAUCAAUGCCCUUAUUGUUGCUAUUGUUAUUAGCGUCCGUUGUCGGCCGUUUGUUGUUGUUGUUGUUGUUGUUUAUUGCUAUUCUUUCCUUCCUUUUUUUCAUGUAGAUAUGAAGAUAGAAAGUGAGUGGAUAACAGCAGUGAAACUCCACACAAAUACAUCUGACAUCCCCUUUGUUGAGUUCUGUUUUCUAAAAGCUUUGUUGUUUUCCUCUAUUACCUGGGAUAUAUGAUAUAAAACCAGUUGACCUCAUUAAGACACCAAACAACAUGCCAAUGGAUUAUUACUACAACACAAACACUGUGCAAAAAGCUGAAGCCAACUCUCUUAUUAUGGGAAGACCACAAAUACAAAGAACAGACAGACG